CGGCCAGGCCAGAUUCUCGAGCGAUGCAUACGACCCAAUUCCUAUGCUAUCUCGUUCGAUGAUGGACCCGGCCAGUUGACGGAGGAAUUACUCGAUUAUUUGGACGAGCAGAAGCUGAAGGUGACAUUCUUUAUGAAUGGCGAUAACUGGAACUGCAUCUAUCAUUCCCAAAGGCUCUUAAAACGCGCCUACGAGGCGCAGCAUCAGAUAGCUGCUCACCCAUGGUCUCAUCGGGACUUCAACAGUCUUUCAGAUAGGGACAUCCGGCAAGAGAUGCGCCGGAUCGAAGACGCCUUCCGCCAGAUCCUAGGUGUCGUGCCCCGGUACAUGCGUCCGCCCUACGGCGAACACGGCCGGCGGAUCCAGCGCGUGCUCGAGGACAUGGGAUACCUCAUUAUUCUCUGGGAUGUCGAC